AGGCGCACAUCAUGUUUACACGACCACAUGACCGGCUUAUCUGCUUAGGUGUUUUGCUGGUUGCGCUUGCCUGUGUUCAUGCGGAUGACAACAUGGGUAGUUUACAUUGGAACAAAGCACAUGGCCUAUGGGGUAAACGGAGCUUAUUUAAGAACGACAAAUAUGAUGCGCAGGAGCGAUCUCCACAAAACAGUAGACCAUACGAAUCAUUGUGGGGAGAAAGGUAUGCCCUGCCACCAUUGUCAUCUAACGAUUGGGCGAAACGAUCACAGUGGCAGCUGGCUAAUGGUCUGUGGGGACGAUAA